AUGCCUGGAAGGCCAAAAACAAAGAGAAGAAGACAUGCCUCAGAAUGUCAGGAUUCUAAGUUCCCAACUCAAAAGGCAAAUGUUAGCAGGACUGUUAGGUGUGGGAAAUAUAGGGAACUUGGUCAUAAUAAGCUGUCUUUUGUGAACAUUGCAAAGACACCAAAAGAAGCAAAUGAGGGACAAAAGAAAGAUGUUGAUGGAACAUCAAAAGAAGCAAGUGAGGGAAAGAUGAAAGCUGUUGAGGGCACAUCAAAAGAAGCAGGUAAGAUGAUAGAUGUUGAUCAGUCAAUUUCUCCUUUGACGAGAAUGAAGAUGAUGGCAAGGAGGGGAGGUAAUAUCAAAUAUGUAGGGAGAAUAGAGGCUGUGCAUGGUAGUUUAAGUCAAACUGUGGCAGGUGUUGAUGAAGUUGUACUUAUCUGCCAUGAAAAGCUUGACCAUGAAGAUUUUGAAACUAUUAGAGAUCUGCAGGCAUCUGGAUAUGAUCAUGGGGAAAUUGUUGAAGCUUUUAAUAAGAUGACAAAAGAAAGGAAGGAGAUGUUGGUUGAGAGUAUAGUUGAUGAAGAGACCAUUCAAGAAACACAAGAUCCGUUGGUAAGAAAAAGGAAGCCCUCAGAAAGAAUUAUCAAGAUUAAGUUGAAAAAAGCAGUGCAUGAUCCAGAUGGAGGUGGUUCAACAACUGAGAAAGCACUUACAUUGGACUGA